AUGAAAAGGAAAAGGAUUUCCAGAAAGCUGAACGCAAUAAACAAAAGGGACAAGGCUGAUGAACCUGCAACCUGGGAGAAGGCAGACAAAAUCAAUGCUGCUAACUAUGGACAAAUUAACGAAACAUCACAAUCCAUCAUGCAAAGUCGAACCCAACGGGAUCUUCGGCCAAGGUAG